GUAUUGUCCACAAAGCAGUGGGCAUACUAAAAAGUCGAAUUCUUGCCAACACUAAAAAAAUGGAUCAGGAGUAUUAUUCAACAGAAGAAUUAACACCAGCUAAGCAGAAAGAAUUUAUUGAUCCAUUACUGUACAGAAUGGUUUCUUGGCUUUCUAGCAAUGACAAUUAUGCUAAUGCAACUGCUGUUAAUAAUGAGAAGCAUGAAACCAAAGUGAUAGCUAUUGCAUCUGAUAUUACAAGUCUUGUUUCAUCCGUCAAUUCCCCAAAACACCUUGGUCUGUCAGUUCAUUUGUACAAUGAGUUCGGUAGCCGGCAUUUAGUUGAAGACAUGUCUAAUCUUGGUUAUGGGAUUUCUUACUCCGAACUUCGUAUGUUUCUUUCUUCAGCAGCUGAACAUGUUAUUCAAACUCAAAGGAUUACUAAGUCUGGUGGACUUGUACCUGAAAACAUUUCUCACAUAAAUGAUGGUGGACAGUACAUCGUUGGAGUGGCAGAUAAUUGGGACCAUAAUGAGAAAACUGUAGACGGCAAAAGAACUACACAUGCAAUGACUUCCAUUCUUGUAGCCCCUAAUGUCGAUGUUGACAUGCCGUUGCCUAGAUUACCAAGGUCACCAAAUAGAAGCUUUGACAAAGCAGCUUUUCCAGGAGGCAGUUUGUACCACAUCACAGCAUACAAGAAACCUACUUCUCGCCCAUGUCCACACUUUGAUCCACCAGUGACCAAGAAGGAAGUUAAGCCUAUUGAAUGUAUGUCAGUUAAAGCUGCAAAAAUGAAGGAAUUGCUCUUUAAUUUUGGUCGAUGUUCAGUGUUUUGUGAGGAUCAAGCAGAAAACAGCUUAGGAAGAUUCCAACCAUGGGAUACAUUUCAAGCCAGUGUCAUGCAAGACACUCCUAGUAUCUCCAAUGUUGCCUACAAUCCAAUUAUUAUGGCAACACCAACUGAUUACAGUACCGUUUACACUGUUCUUUUACGGCUAAAGGAAUGCAUGAAUGAACUUGGCCAAGGAUAUGCACCUGUAGUAUUCGACAUGAGUUUAUUGUCAAAAGCUCUUGAAAUAGUAUGGUGUCAAAAAGAAGAACUGCAGGGUAUCAUUCCAUGUGAGGGAGGAAUGCAUAUGCUUAUGUCUGUCUUUGCAGGCAUUGGUCACAUCUAUGGAGAUGCUGGUCUUUUUCAACUUCUUUCUGAGUCUGGGGUUUACUCCUCUGUCACUGCGUCCAAUAUUCUAGCUGGGAAAGACUUUGACCGUGGUCUCACAGCAUUUAAACUAAUUGAUGAGGUGCUGCAUACCCGACUACUGAUAAACUUUGAGAGUUGGUGUAUUGAUAAUGAGAGGGAUUUUGACGAGGAAGUAAUUACUAGUCUUCUUCAAUUAAAAGAUCAGACUGAGGUGACAGAUACAGAAAUUGAGACAUGGUGUGAGGCUGCAAGUAAUAACAUGUUUUCAUUACUUGAGGAGUUCAGAAAAGAGUCCAGAAAUAUCUCUCCUACUUUUAGAUUAUGGGAUGAUUAUCUUAGAAGGAUAUCAGUACCUCUGAAGCUGUUCAUCUCAUCAACAAGAAGUCCAAACUGGAACAUUCAUAAAUAUGCCAAACUUUGCCUUCUUCCUUUUUUAUUUGCAUCAAACAGAACAACAUAUGCAAAGUACAUAACUGUCCAAGUCUUACAGAUGAAUAGAUUGCCAGAAGAUGUUGAGGAAGGUUUUCAGAAGGGUAUGUUUACUGCUAAAUUGUCUUCGGGCAAAUUCAACAGUGUAUGGCUAGAUUACACUCUAGAAGUAACUGAAAAUAAAGCUUUGAAAGGGGCAGGUGGAAUAAUUGGAUUAACACUGAAGGAAGGUGCCCUCACAAGAUGGUUUUUGUCACGUCCAAUUUCCUCUCGGUACUCUGCAGACUUUCACAAGAGUCUUUGUUCAGAGAAAGACCAGCAGCACAAGCAUCAUACGGACAGCAAAGCUAAACGCGAGCAAUACAACAGAAGCGUAGCAAAAAUGGCUUCGUCAUUCGAUGCUAAUUUUAUUGACCCCUUUAAUACAAGAAAAACACCACCAAGACUAGUCAAUUUUGCAACCUGUAUCCAAGCUACAGAAGAAGUGGAAAAGAGCAUGUUAGAUUACUUGGAUAAAGGUGAAGAACUCAUGAACAAGUUUAUUUCGGAAAGAUUAAUUGUAAAACCUGAUGGAACUGACCCACCUUUGAAAAGUUUCCAUAGCCCAAUGACAAGAAAUAAAAUUCUCACAAUGACAGAGCCUAAGAAAAGAACUCAAACUAAACAGCAAUUAAAAACAAUAUCCAGUGAAGUUAUGUUUCAGCGGCUACUAGCUGUCAACUCCUAUAAAAAAGUAUCACAAGAACGGGUGUUUGCAUAUGAAAACACAGCGGUUCCAACGAGUAUGUUCUCUGAAGAUGGGUCAAUGCUCAAAUGUAAAAAGUCAGAUUUCAUGCAGAUGCUUGAAAACCUGCUUCAAGAUCAGACAACUAGUAUUAGAAAUGUAGACACGCUAUUGUUGGAUGCAAUGGCCUCUGUACAAGCAAUGACUCCUCCCUCUGAAAAUCUUACAUUUGAUGAUGUAGCUAAUAACUUCCUUAAAUUUGUUCUUAUGAAAGCACAUAGUAUUGAAGGUGUAAAAUCUUUACACCUCAUAUUUGACAGAUAUGACCCUGAAAGUUUGAAGUCACAAACAAGAUUGCAAAGAGGUGAUGUCUCGUCAUCAGCCACUCUUCAUAUCCAUGGGCAGCUGCGUUUGCCAAAGAACUGGAAGGCAUUUAUUUCAAUUGGUAAAAACAAGGAAAGUCUAAUUCAAUACUUUACAGAGUACAUUAUCAAACAUGCAGCCUUGCACAUAAAUGAUGCUGAAACAAUUUAUAUCAGUGGAAAUCAUAAAUGCUUCAAAGUUGUAAAGACUUCUUGCGAAGAAGUUCCAGAAUUAAACAGCAAUCAGGAAGAAGCUGACUCAAGAAUUAUUCUUCAUGCUGCAUUUGCCAAAUCCAAAGGCGUUCGUUCUGUUGCAGUGAGUAGCCCUGAUACAGAUGUGCUUGUUCUCCUUCUCCAUCACUGUCAAACAAUUGGUAUAGAAGAACUUUUCUUCGUGACCGGAAGAACAGGAGUACAUACCGAUACAAAGAGGUACAUAUCUGUUCACCACUUAUACAAUAUGUUAACUGAAGAGCAGCAUAACAUCAUCUUACCAGUAUACUGUUUAUCCGGAUGUGAUACAACAAGUUCAUUUUAUGGCAAAGGGAAGAAGAAAGCAUUUAAACUAUUGAUUCAAAAUGCAUCCAAAUAUCAAGGAUUAAAAGACAUGGGAGAAGAGGCUUUAUUCACACAAUCACAAAAGCAGGCUUGUACUAGUUUUGUUGCUGAUCUCUAUGGUAGCAGUGAAUGUACUUCAUUAAAUGCCCUUCGUUGCUCUAAGGCAUUGCAAUCUCUAUCUCCUCGAUACUUGCCUCCUUCUGAAAACAGUUUUGUUUUGCAUUGUCUGAGAUGUGUACUACAACUGUAUAUUUGGCGAAAUGCAACCAUAGCAGUACAACAUUUGCCACCGCCUUCGCAGUUUGGAUACAAAAAAACUGAUGCUGGAGUGUUGGAACCUAUUACCAUGUCUCAGUCUGUUGCGGCUCCAGAACUUCUAAAGGAUGUAGUUUGUUCAUGUAUUAUCUGCAAUGAACUGUGUUCGUGUUUUAAAAAUCAGAUACCAUGCACCUCUGCCUGUGUCUGUAUUGGCUGCACGAAUGAUUCAGAAGACAGACCAAUGUGUACAAAUAUUUUCACAAUGACAUCUUUGUACAAUGAAACUUCUGAAGAUAACAUUAUGAAAUGAUUUAAUGCUACAUGGUGUUUUGGUAUGUUAAAGUUUGUUUUAAGAGAAAUGCACCAAUUUCUUAAUGAACUGUUGUCUGUUUAGAGCAAAUGUACUGUAUAAAAACAGUUUUACAUUUCUACACUGAUGAUGUCAUUUUUUUUGUUAUAUUAUAUCACUUAUAAACAGAUUGGUAAUUAAAUAAUCACAGCUAUUAUUAAGACAAGUGUAUGUGUAUAAAAUGUUUUAAUGUAUAAUCAAGAUUUUUAAAAAUUGUGAUUGGAAAGAAAAUGACAAUAUGUUGCGUUUAAUAAAUACAGGUAUUCAUUU